CAUGUAACUCUCAACUAUCUUAUCUCUAGAAAGGUUUAAAAAAAAAAAAAUCUCCUCCCACCAACAAUGACUUUUUCUUCCAUUAUCACAAAAUCACUACUUUCCGUCUUUCACAAGCAAUCCAUCACUUUAGAUAGUUGAUGUAACAUGACUUGUCCCUGAGUCCGUGACAAUCAUGUAUAAUGGAAUCUGAAUUGGGCUUUUGGGCCGCUGCAGUUGUACAUGGGCCCAACGGCAAGCCCACACCGACCUCAGAAUACGAGCAUUCCUCCAUUCCGGCCACCGUCAAGAACAUCUUCAACUUGCCCUCUUUCCUCACCAAGAGAGACCAAUGGGCCGGCACAUUCGAGUCCAUUGUCCAGUCCAGAACCCAGCCCAGAACCGAUUGUCCACUGCAGCUGCCGACUCCGACCAGGAUCAGGCAGACCGAGGCCAAUGAGGAAGCAAAGCUCACUGAGUUCCAGCAGGAGAUGCUGCAGCUUGCUGCGGUGCUCAAGGGCGACAACGUGCUCUCGAGCUACCCUAACGAGAUCGGGAAGCAAAUGACGGUGAAGGAAGGCACUGUUUACAUGGAAGACGCGGUGAGGAGGUUCUUUCAGGCUGGCGUUUAUGCUAAGAAGAUGGGAGUUGAUGAAGAACAGAUUGUUCAGAUGAAGCCUUCCUUGACUACUAGAAGAUCGUCGAAACCUGCAUACGAACACCCGUGAUAUACUGACUGUAUAUGUGUAGCAGUAGCUGCAGAAAGAUGGAAAAGAAAGGAACUAUGAUGUCAAUAUCUCUCGCUGUAUGUCAGUAAGUACAUUAUUAAAGCUAGUUAUAGCAG